AUGGACGUACUCGGCCACUACGCCGCAGUCCCCAAACGAUACAAGGGAAUUCAAUCCAUUGGACCUAAGUCAGAAGCUAAAGAGUAUGUUAAAGAGCAAGGAACACCCAUUGUUGUUAAGGCUGAUGGAUUGGCUGCUGGGAAGGGAGUUAUUGUGGCAAUGAACAUACAAGAGGCAUUUGAUGCAAUAGACUCUAUGUUGGUGGCCAAUACUUUUGGUUCUGCUGGUUCACGAAUUAUUAUUGAGGAAUUCCUCGAGGGCGAAGAAGCUUCUUUCUUUGCUCUGGUGGAUGGUGAAACUGCCUUACCUCUUGAGUCAGCCCAAGAUCACAAAAGAGUUGGUGAUGGUGAUACUGGUCCAAAUACGGGUGGAAUGGGUGCAUAUUCCCCUGCUCCAGUCUUAACAAGUGAGCUACGGUCUUUGGUGAUGGAAUCAAUAAUUCAUCCUACAGUGAAGGGAAUGGCAGCAGAAGGUUGCAAAUUUGUUGGUGUGCUGUAUGCUGGGAUUAUGAUUGAGAAGAAAAGUGGUUUGCCCAAGCUUAUUGAGUACAAUGUGCGUUUUGGAGACCCAGAGUGUCAGGUUCUCAUGAUGCGUUUGGAGUCCGACCUGGCACAAGUACUGCUUGCUGCUUGUCGAGGAGAGCUGGGUGGGGUGUCACUUAGUUGGUCACCUGGAUCAGCUAUGGUAAUUGUGAUGGCAAGCAAUGGUUAUCCAGGGUCUUAUGAGAAGGGAACCAUCAUUAAAAAUCUUGAAGAGGCUGAGCUUAUUGGCCCAAUGGUUAAGAUAUUUCAUGCAGGAACAGCACUAGACUCAGAGGGCAACUUCAUUGCCAACGGUGGGCGUGUUCUUGGCGUCACUGCAAAAGGAAAGGAUUUAGCAGAAGCCAGAGAUAAAGCUUACAAAGCAUCUGAAGUAAUCGACUGGCCUGAAGGGUUCUUUCGACGGGAUAUAGGUUGGCGAGCACUUUCUCAUAUAUACACAAAGACUAGUUGAUUAGCAGAUGAUGCUCACAUAUUUGGGACUGACGGUUAAUGUCACAGGAAAGUGUUCUGAACUUUUUUUUUUUUUUUCGUUUUUUUCUCAAUAAUGUUGUCAACCUGAAAUUAGACAACACCAUGCAAAUGUUUGUUUGACAUGGUUAGAUGAAAUCCAAAGUUGUGGGAGAGAGGAAACUCUAUUUAUAUUU